GUUAUUUCAAACUAGUUUCAUUAGAUACAGAAAUUAAAUAAGAGGAAGGAAGGAAAAGCAAAGCAUCUUCUGCGGAAAGAAAAAUGGAGAAGGCGUUGAGAGCUUACGCGGAGGUUCUUCGGCUGGUUCGGCGAUUACCAAAGGAGUCGAGAGGUUACUACGCCAAGUACGCACGCGAGAACUUCGUGAAUUACCGCGACGUCGAUCCCUCUGAUUCCACCACUCUCCAUGACCUCUUCCAACGCACUUACAACCACUCCAUUUGGCUCCUUCACAAGUAUUCCGUUGAUGAUUCUGCCGCCGAUAAGCUCAAGCGGAUUUGUUGCGGGAGGUGGCAGCAUCUCCGUGACUUGGUUUGUGCCGAGAAUUUCGCACGCCAUGGAAUUGGGGAGGAUGUGUCCUUCUUUUGGUGUUAUUUUGGAGAAAUUGUAUAUUUGGGUGUGGUCUUGAAGCCUUGUUCUGCUGCAGCUUGAACCAUUCAUAAGCUGUUUGAAUUUUCGGAGCUGUCACUGGAUGAUUGGAUGGGGUGGAAAUUAAGGAGUUGGAAGUGGUGAAAUUGGAAGGUGAGCUUGUUAUGCAAACAGCUCCUCGUACUAUAAAUACCGAAGAGCCUUUGAUAGGUUGUUAAUCUUGACAGACUGAAACCUCGAACCAUUGACCGGGUUAGGGUUUUGGCUGGGCAUUUCGGUUGUCUGUUUCUUGAUUCUCUGAUCUGGUCAUCUAUUUCGCUCCUCCUGUGCUCUCUAUGCUGCACCUCGCCAGGGUGCUUGCCUCAGACAGACACCAUUGAGCCUCUACACCGUGUCACCGCCAUCUCUUUUAAGAGGGUUGUGCACUCCUGCUUCCUCCGGCUCGCCACACUUGCCUUCUGCAGGUAAGUGAGUUGAAAUUCUAUUUCCCAAUUAUUGUACAUUCCGCAUUUGCUGAUUAUUGGGUCGGAGUCUGAGUUGAUAAUUGUAUUGAUUAUUGUGUUUCGUCCCCCUUCUAAUUGUUGUUGUACAUUAUUUUUCUCUUCAAUUUGUUGUUGGUUCUGUUGCUGUUGGAGUAUCGUGCAUUCUGUUCCUAAUUUUUUCCAGCUAGGGACAUAGUUUGUAGUCUAUUUCUCUUCUAUUUUGUAAAUUUUUCUUUUUGUGACAGUUUGUAGUCUGCGUUUCUCUAUAUUUUUUUUUUCAAAUAAAUAAAUUUAAGAGUCACUUUUGCAAUCCGUCUUAUGAUUCUUCGAAUUAUUCUACACAUUAUGAAUUUGCAUCUUCCUUCUUAGUUCACUACCUUCGUUGUGGAGAUUUUAUUGUUAUCUAGAACUCCACAUGAUCCCAUAAUCCCAAUUGAUGCUUGGAUGAGAGUUAAUGUUAGUGAGUUACAAAAAAAUCUAGGAUAAUUAUGUUUUGAGAACGGCUCUAUUUUCAACAAUGACAAAAUCUAGGAUUACAAAGUUUGUGCAAACUCUUAUCUAAACAUUAUUUUCACUGUAUCAUGAAAUGUGUCAUUUCACUUUUGAGAGUCCUAGGUGUUAUUGUUCACUGGGUAUUUUGACAAUUUUAAAUGAUUUCAUCCCCUAAAUCAUAUUAUGAAUUUUACUUUGGAAUUGAUUGUAACUUUCUCACUGGUUCAUGAAAUCCAACAAAAACAUAAGUUCUUGCAAGUUAUUUCCAUGGUAAAAGUUUCUUGAUGCUGCUACUAUUGCAAUAGUUGGUGCCAACAUGAUGCUUAGUGAACACUAAAAUUGAUAUCAAUUCGAUCUUUGGACUUUGUUCUGCUGAUCAUGAAGCAUAGCACUGGCAUUUUUGCUAGUGUUUUAUUCUGC